AUGACUUGUAUAUUACUACAUAAUUUCUUGAGACGAAGCUCCACUUCUUCGUGUAUCUAUACACCACCCGGAUUUAUUGACAUUUAUGAUGAUGAUUCAGUACUUAUACAACCUGGAUCAUGGAGGAAAGAACAAGAAAAAACUUGUGCUAUCCGUAACUUGAGGAACGUAGCUCGGCGAUCACCAAAAGAUGCCACAGAAAUAAGAAACGAAUUCACCAAAUAUCUAAGUAAUGUUUAA